GUGUGCGGGCCAAGCGACAGGGGCGGCUCCCACCUCGGCGGCUUUGCGACUCUUCUGCACCGGUGGGAACCUCCCUUUCCACUUCCUGCACCCCGUGGCCGAAACACGAUCAGGAAGGAUCGAUACAGCACUAGCUUCUUCGCCGCAUGCUGUCGUGAACCUAACGCCUCGAUGCAGGGCAGGACUGGGCUUACAGACGAUGGUGUACCGAGGCAAGCCAUCAUCAGCGUGUGGAGAAUGUAGAAAACGUAGAAGCAGGUGUGAUCAAGCCACACCCUGUGGACAAUGCGUCAAGGCUGGGCGCACAUGCCCAGGAUAUCGCAAUGCAGUCGAUCUCUUGUUUCACGACGAGAGCGCAAAGUUCGCCAGGAAGAAUAAAGGCCAGUCCUCUAGAUCAACAGCAACAACGACACAGAAGAAAGAGGACGCACUGCAGAAGGUUCCACCCGUCAACCUCACCAAUAUUGUGAUAUAUCAGCCAUGGGAAGACCUGGGUGUUCACUUCUUCAUGUCGAACUACGUCGGCACAGACCCUGAUGUAUCACAGCUGCAUUACUUCCCCAAUUUCUACGCGACGUCGGGUUACACUACUACUUCGUCACUGAAAAGCGCGAUCGUUGCCAGUGGGUUGGCGGGCUAUGCCAGAGUUGCUCGCCGUCCUGAUCUGAUCGAGCGGUCAACUAGGACGUAUGUUUCCGCUAUACGAGACAUCAACACUGCAUUGUCCAAUCCUAAGGAUGCCGUUGACGAUACCACCCUCAUGUCGAUCUUGAUGGCAGCGAUGUGGGAGACUAUGUUGGUUUCGCCAGAGUCGGGUAUGCACAAUGUCAGCAGACAUCUUGAGGGUGCGAUGUCCGUUGCGUACCUGAGUCUACAGCGGCGACCGCCAAGUGACGUUUUCAAGGCGUUGCUUACCACUUUGGUUCAGAGUGUAAUUAUGAACUGCUGGAUUCAACAUGUACCCUUGUCGCCUAGCUACAAGCAGAUCAGACCCUUUGUACCGGACAAGAUCAAUCCGCAUUCAGUCCAUGCAAGACUUGUCGAUGUACUAUCGCGAGUGAUCGAGUUACGAGAUGAUCUCAAGCAAGGGCCAUAUCAAAGCCCAGAUACGAUUAUCCAGCGAGCUCUGAGACUUGACAGCGAGUUGAAAACGUUUAUUAACGAGAUGCCGAGCCACACGUUGUUCGAAAAGUGCUGGAUGCCGACAACACAGGCAACCGAAGUACAGCAACUGGCAUACAACUCGAUGUUCCAUGUCUAUCCACAACAAUUCGCUGGCCAUCUCUGGAACAACGUUCGAUCUUCUCGCAUACACCUGCACCAGCUCAUCCAUCAGCAAUGCUCUAUGCUACUGUCUCUCGGCAUUGGAAGCGCGCACACCAAUUUGCAUCUACAAAGAUCAGCGUCUGAAUCCGUUACCAUUGUCCUUGCCGAAGAGAUAUGUGCAACCAUCCCACAGUUGCUCACAUACUCCGACUAUCUCCAUCAAUUCGUGGAGUCGACCGACAUCACGCUACCAACCCGCCCACGAUCACGAAAUCGAAGCGACGCAACUAUGACAUCUGGCUUCUCAGAACCCACAGACUCAGCGCAUGAAGAUUCUAGCUCUAAUGUCUCAUCACCAAGUCCCUCCAACGCAUCGAGUCCGCACUCUACAUCCACCCAUUCCUCGUAUUCAUCCAGCAAAGAUACUUCCAGGACCUACACAGCAAAAGUCCCUCUCUUUACUCCUGGCGCGCUCGACCCCGCAAGUGCUUUUCACCUGUUACUGAAGCUGCACAACCUCCUGGUUAUCCCCUGGCUACCUUUCAGCAUGCAGUCCUGGGUCCAAGGCCGAAUCUCCUGGAUCGAGACCAACUCCGAUCCCUACAGUGCUGGGCGCAUGCUAGACAUGGUGCGCAAGCGGCCUUGCGAUGGCUUUCCCGUUAGCGACGCACCAGGCCAGGUACCCCUGGGAGGAAUCUGCAACACGGUCGCGCUCACAUCGGCCGACCAGCGGCUCUGGUUUCUAGCGCACAGCUGGCUGUUCGUGGGCAUCGAUUGGAACGCGGACUCCUACUCUGAACAAUCCGCCACCGAUCCCGCAGCAACCGAGCACUCAGCGCAGCAAGCCACAGCCCACGAAGAUCUCCCCGGCGACAACACCGUGCCAUCGCCCCCGGGCAACGAGGCGACAGAGGCAAGGACGUCCAAAUUCUUGAAGUGCAUGUGGUAGCAGGACCUGACUGGAGCAGCAGCAGAGGAACAUGAGACGCCGGGUGCAAAGAACGACGACGCAGACGAAGACGGAUGAGUCCAUUGACGAGUUGCGGCAUGAUGCAAAGUUGGUGUGGAGAAAGCCGCACUGGACGUUUGGAUGAAGGGUGCUGUUAGGCGUACGCGAUAUAGGCACGAAGACUGCCCAAUCGCAGACGGAGUCUUAAUGCAAGACUAGAGUACCAAGCAAGAAACAUAACAGUGAAUGAUAAAUUGUUUUACAAUUUCACAAGUUGGAUGUUGACAUUCCCUGAU